UGAAUUGCACGUGAUAGACAGAGAGGAUCCCCUUCUUCUCCUCCUCUGCGGCGGAAGGCGAACAGCCAGGAACCCUAACCCUAACCGCGCUCCGAUCCGCAAGGCGCUGCGACCAUGGCGGCUUCCCUCCGCACGGCGGCGACGAGGAUGCUCCGUCCGGCGGUGCAUCCAGGGGAGGGGCUUCGCCGAAUCUUCCGCACCCAGCACCAGCAGUUUUCCAAAUCAACCCUUGCCUUGGAGGAGGAACACCGUCCGCCUCUAAUCCAGCAGAAGGACCAGCUGUAUCUCGAGCUUUCGAAAUCCACCAUUCCCUUGAAGGAGAAACACCGUGCAGAGCUAGUUGAGCAGAAGAAGGAGGAGCUGUAUGAACUCAUUGCCAACGCCCACGCCGAUUCCAUGGCCUCCUCGCUGGACAAGAGUCUGCUCAAGGAUCUCUCUACACAAGUCAAGCCUCGACUAGAGGACCCUCAGUGGUGCAAGAUAACUAGAACCAAGAAGGUGACUGAUUUUGCUUCGUCGGUGGCUAUUCUUGCUACUUCUGCUCUCACUUAUUGUGCCUUGACUGCUGGUCCUGAAAUAGUAAAGUAUGAUGGACAUCUAGUUACUGUUGAUAGUCUGCCCAUUCUACAAGGACAUGGGCCUGCUGCUACUUGUAAGGGAGUGCACAAGCAAGAUGUGGAGAAGUGAAGGGGUUGAAGAAGAGAUGUCAGUUCUUUUCCAGCACCAUGUUAUGUAUGUCUCUUGAAAUGCCUGUCUAUUGUCUGGCACCUAUAUAUGCCUGUCUAUGAUCUGGCACCUAUAUAUGUCUGUCUAUGAUAUCCACCUUGAUCUGCCACCUAUAUAUGUGAUAUGACUUGAGUAGUGUUACUAGAUGAUGAUCUGUGAUGGCAAUGCAAGAUAUCUGUGGUGUUGAUGGCA